AUAAAUGGCGCUUCAUUUAUUUUAUUUUUUUUUUUGGCGUGGCCACGUGGCUGACGUCUGUCACAAAACAAACCGCGCGCAAGUUCACUUGGCGGAUGUUUUCUGCGGGCUAAAAAUAUGGCGGCAGCUGAUUGGCUCGAAAGGGCAGUGACGUCGCCGUCACGCCCACCGUUUCCGCUUCCGCGUUUCAACUCAACGUUGUCAAACAUCUCACGCAUGACGUUGCGGUCGCAGCACUGGACUCGCUGUGCGCCUGUUUCGGCGGUUGAGCUGGCAUGAUCGAGUGUUAAAUUAGAAGAAAAAAGAAAAACGGAAUCGUUGCACCAGAGUGGACGAAACGAAGAGGACGUUCAGGUUUGGCGACAGCAGCAACCCAAGUGCAGAAAUGCUAAAUAAGAUCAACUCCCUCCACCGCGUCCGCACGGAGCCUUCCCCCGGCGACAGCGAAGUUGCUGGGCCGUCGGGGCCGGCUGGGAUGGAAGACCCGUUAGCCGGGUGCACGGAUGCGGCUAACCAGCCGAUGGAGGCGCGGGCGGCUCGCGGCGGAGUCGUCAAUGGAAGAAGAGCGGUCCUUUCCAAGUCCCGCACGGUUGCUCGACGUCGUGCAAAUGGAUCACGAUUAUGUGAGGAAGGACCCGACCAACCACUCGCCACUUGACAGUAAGGAGACUUGGCGGCGCCGCCACGAUGAGCGCUUUCUAUUUGAAAAUGAGCAGGCCAUUCUGGUCCACACGGGAAUCUCCACGAAAACGCUGGACACGCUGGUGGAGACGGUGGAGUGUCACGCUAACAAAGAUUUCCAGCUGUCCGUUCGCUCUCAGGUGAUCAUGACGCUGAUGAAGCUCAAGACCAACCUACCUCUGGCCGAGCUGAGCGUGUACUUCCACACGGCCGAGCGCACGGCUCUCCGAAUCGUCUUACAUUGGAUUGACGUGCUGGCGGAGGUCUUGCGCGUCACAAUCCCGUGGCUGUCCAAAAAAAACAUCCAAGCCACCAUGCCCGCCGAGUUCAGGGAGAAAUUCCCCAACAUGACGUGCUUCGUGCAAUGCGGCGAGAGCAACCUGCGCAAGGCUCAGGGGCGCUGCUCGCCCAGCGCCGUCAGGUACCUGCUGGCCGUGGCCCCGUGCGGCCUCAUCGUGUUCAUGUCGGCCGCCUACUCCGGGCGCUGCCGCCACGACGACAUGGCGCUGGAAUCGGGAUUACUGGACCUCCUCGUACCGGGCGACGAGGUCAUGACCCCGAAAGGCCUCGCGAUCAAAGACCUGCUGUUUCGGCGGCAGGUCAAGCUGGUCGCGUCGUCGCUCGGGAAAAACGCUUCCUCCUCUUCCGCCGGCCACGUUGCGCACGUCGGCGAUCACGUCGAAGGCGCCGUUCGCCACUUGAUGACUUUCAAUAUACUUUCGCAGGGCGUUCCCACUACGUUGGCGCCGCAAAUUGACAAGAUUCUCCAAAUUUGCGCCGCCCUGACCAAUCUGAGGAUUCAGGUUUUAAAUUAAUGUAGCAAUUUUUUUUUUUUUUUUUGGAUUGUGUUCAGUCCCUCCAGGAUUUCCCAGGGUUUUUUUUUUUUUUUUUCGUUUUUUUUUUUUUUGUGGCCACAAAUGCCUGAUUUGAUGGCAGUUAUUUAUCUAAUAUAUUUUUGGUGGGUUUGUUGUGAUGAAAUUUGCAUAAUGUAUGGCAAUUGGUUGAAUGCUGGUGAGUUGUUGGUGAUUGCGACAUUCCAAAUUGAUGGAUGUACUGAUUUGUACAUACUACUGAGUACAUCAUUGAUUCUCAUCUGGUGGGUUGGGACCCAUUUAGGGUGGGUACAGAGGAGCAGCAAGGCCCCAAAGCUCGAUGGUUAGAGCGUUGGUUUGUUAACUCACUGGCGGCCUUCCCUCCCCAAGACUGGUUGCAUCAGGAAGGGGAUCCGGCGUUAAACAAAUAUGAGCGUUCAUCUGAGAUGACGCGUUGUGGCGAUUCCCUAACGGGACAAGCUGAAACAAAGUUGUUGUACAAGAGGAGCAGCAAGUUCCCGCGUGGAAACUAUCAGGCAAGCGAGCAACAGGAAAUGUGGCUGCCAGUUUACUGGAGUUAACUUGAGAAACAAAUACAGCGCAGCUCGGUCUCUAGCUGGCGGAUAUUAUGGCAUCCGAUAUGAUUUUGCCGGUACAUCAGUUUGAAAUGGUGUUUGAAAGUACCGUAAUAAUAAACUAUACGUGCUCUUAGAGCCGAUUUCUUUGAAAGAGAACCUGUUCUUUAGUGUUCUUAACUUCUAAAAAGUGGGCGGGGACUUUCCCAGACUAGGACAUGCAGGUCCCGAGGUGACAGCGGUUGAGAAUCAAUGGAGUAUCCUUACACACUACUUACUAGACUACUGGAUCAUUCCGUUUAAAAUCGAUCAAGAGUAUUUCCUUCACAUCUUUCAGAUUUUGAAGCCUGAUUGGAAAUCCCAAACAAGAAUUGUUUUUUCCCCUCUCAAUCUUUUGGCAAGAUAAUAGGCCAAGAAACUCGAUGUUGAUUAGACAACUUUAAACCUCUUCAUCUUUAAAACUAAACCACUCAGGAACCUACAAAUCAUCUUUUGGGAAUGUAAUUGGAAGCGGGCGGGCGGACGGACAAAAAUCCAUGCAAUCGGGGCGUUUUAACUCAGCUCAACAGUCGUUAUCGUGACAUCCGAGUCAUCGAUUUACACUCAGUGCCACCGUUACAUAUUUCAAAGUUUGGUUAUCCUUGGUUGAAUUUUUUCAUGCCUGGAGAGGGAUGCAGGAAUGACGUGUGUUAUCUUUUAUUUUCACAAACGACGUUUUGCCACAAAGGGGUUCAGAACGAAAAUCUUUUGGUGUUCAGGUCGUGUCCUUCCUUCCUUCAAUUUCCGACCACACCCCACUUAAUAUUUGCAGAAUAUCUGAGAGCGAUUUUAAAUUGACUCCAUUGGCAUUUUGCUUUGGAAGCUGGUACAGCUCCCAAAGGUAUUUAUUGGACUUGUGCAAUCUUGUACUUGCGAACACACGAGGAUCUCCGUCCGACUACUGCAAUUUAGUGAUUGCGAGCACACGAGAAAUGGCGGGAGCGGUAGACGAAGAAGAUGAAUGUAGAAUAAUAAUAUAUGAUAUUCAAUGCUGUAGUUUGUCAAAUAAUCGUUUCACUGGUCUGUGUGACCACUGUGAUUUUUGUAUUUGUGCUGGUCACUGUUACAAAUUUAAUUUAGGUUGAAACUACUUUCAAAUGUCAACUUCAUGUUUUUGUGAGUGAGGGUGUAACGGUACACACGCCUGACUAUAGCGUGGGCAGCGUGGGAUCGAUUCCCGUUCAGUGAUGGUGUCAAGAUGCGCCCCGCGACUGACUGGCGACCAGUUCAGAUUGUUGUCUUUCUUGCGCCCAAAGUUAGCUGGGAUGUGCUCUGGCGCUCCCGCGACCCUUGCGAGGAUAAGCGGCUUGGAAACUUGAUGGAUGGAAGCUGUAACGUAAUGCUGUUGCCUCAUUCACUUCAAGCCAGUUCUCUGUUGCAUGUGUGAAAUGUAAUUUCUUGCUUUUGUGAAUGAUUGAGGUGAAUUUGUUCCUUGAUUCAAAUCAAAAGUAUGCGGGGUUUAUUUGUUGUAGAAGCAUGUACCACUCCAACUUUUGUGCAAAUCACAAUGUAAUCAUAAUAGCUGAGCUUUAUUUAGCACUUUUAAAAGGGAUUCAAGGACACUUUACUUAUGGUGGUAUAUAAAAUGGAGAGUAUGCUAUGAGUGCUAUAUAGUAUAUGAUGUAUAAGUAUGUAUAAAUGAGAUCCUAAGCCAUUAUUUGCCUUUUUGAAAAAUGGAAUAUGUCGUCACUAUGAGCACCUCACGUUCUAAUGCACUAUAAAAAUGUAUUUUCCACUUUUAUAUUAAAGCAGCAUAUAUUGUGUGAAUUCAUGUUUCCCGUCCUGUUUUUAAUUUCUGGAA